AUGGAUUCUCUCAAAAAUUUCAAAGGCAAAGGCUACGACAAAGUGGAAACCAACCUCGAAGAUCAACAAAAUCCGCCACAGCACCGCCACAAAAUCUCCAAACCCUUCGUCGCCACAAUUUCCAUCAUCAUCACCACCACCCUCUUCAUCACCCUCACUUUAUGUUUCACCCUUUUCUUCCACCACACCGAGUCACAUACCCCUCUCAACUCAACCGACUCAAUCAGAUCCAUUUGCAACGUGACUCGCUUCCCUGACUCAUGCUUCAUCGCUUUAUCUCCCUACUCACAAAACCUCACCAACCCAACCUCCAUCCUCAAACUCUCCAUCUUCGCCUCCAUCGACGAACUCACCAAACUCAAACUCGCUUCAUCGCUAAAAGCCAAUUCCAACGAACGCGCGUUCGAUGAUUGCAAGGAUCUAAUAGACGACGCGGUGAGUCGACUCAACGAAUCGGUUUCGGCGGUUCCUGACGGUGCCGUAACGUUGACGGAUGUUAAAAUUAAAGAUAUUCAGACGUGGGUUAGUGCCGCAUUGACGGAACAACAAACGUGUGUUGAUGAAUUGGAAGAAGUUGGGCUUUCUUUGGAGACCGUUGAAAAGGUAAAGAAAAUGAUGCAGAAAUCAAAUGAGUAUACAAGCAAUAGUUUGGCUAUUGUGGCUCAUAUAAACAAUUUGCUACCUAUUCAUUAA